CCCGGUCGGGUACGGUAGUCACUAGGGCCCAGACCAGCGUCAAGAUAAAGUCAGUGAGAGCGGUACCCCAGGAUGCGCAGGAACGGGUGGUGCCGUUAGUGGUGUCCAACAGCUCGUUGGAGGGGCGUGUGGAGGGAGAAGGGGGCCGCGAACACGGGCCCCAAAAGGGCCUGCUGGAUGGUCUAGCUCCCGAGCAGCCAUCGUCAGUGGAUUCGCGGAUCGACUCUGCGAACGUGACGGUCGAAGCGUCGAAGGACCUCGGUACCGCGUGCGGUGGUCCAGGUCGAGCGCACUCGGAUGCAGUACAAGAUCCGCUCAAGGUGGACGAAUCGAAAGCCUGCGAGGCGUUGAGGAUCGAGUGCGGUGUGGCGUUGAAUCGCACGCCGGUGUUGGUCCAGCAGUGGCGGCAGCAGCGUGAAGAGCCCAGCGCCGCGUUGGAUCUGCAGCCGAUAGCGGACGGCAGCUCGGAGGUCCGCUCGAAACGGCCGAGAAAAACGUCGGCUGACGUCGAGGAGACGUUCGACAGGCGAGGAGGACAGUGUCCGACGCACGGCAGACACAGAGCCGGCGUCUCGAGGCAUCACGCGGACAGCACGCGGAGGAAUUCCAAUCGAUCGUGUCGGGUUCAUGGUCGACGGAGGGACCGUCCGCGAGGAAAAGCCACGGAACGACGCAGCCAGGAUCCGAGAAAUUUGACGGCGAACGAGUUCGAGUGCGCCGUUAUAAGGUUGGAACAGGACCCCAUCCUCGAGCCCGUCAGGAUACUGGGCUGCCCGCCCGCGGAGGGACUCGAGAUAUCCUCGUUCCUCGAACCGGCGCCCAACUACGCUUACCCGGGCAUCGAGGCCCGCGUAGCCAACGGCGAGACUCCCUGCUUCAGCCUGUACGACCCGAACAAUAUUCUGCCCAAGAGCCGCGUAGGCAGCAUCGCCAAAAUCCUCGAGGGACCUAAUCGCGCGGUGAAGGACAUUAACCGGAAGGUGUUGGCGAUGGCGCGUGCCAUGACGCCCGCCUGGUCCCUGCGUUUACUCGGCGUCAGCUGCGGUUCCGUGGUCUGCGCCUGGGGACUACUGCUGAUACUGUCCGUGCUGGGCGGUGGCGCCUCUCAUGGUACCGCCCUCGGUGGCUUUGGUUUCGGAAGUUUGUCGGGAACUAUGGACGACAUGAACACUGCGAGAUGCCCUUGGUUGUGCACGUGUACCGGACAGGAGGUCGACUGCUCGCAUCGGGGACUGCUGCAGAUUCCUGGAGACCUGGCCACCAUGCUUCUCGCCGAAAAACUGGACCUGCAAGGGAACAAUAUCUCGGUGAUAUUCAAGACGGACUUCGAAGACAUGGCCACGCUCCACGUUCUCUGGCUAUCGAGUAAUCAGAUUCACACCAUCGAGAGAGGUGCCUUCCAUGAUUUAGUCGGUGUCGAGAAGUUGCGCCUCAACAAGAACCAACUGCGCCAUCUUCCAGAUCUAUUAUUCAGCAACAUGAUGAACUUGAAACGCCUGGACCUGAGCCACAACCAGAUCUCCACCAUUGGCCCCAAGACCCUCAGAGGAAUUUCAUCCUUGAAGUUCCUGUCCCUAGACAACAACCUGCUGACCUGCAUCGACGAGGCAUCCAUCAGGGAGCUGAAGGACCUAGAAAUACUGAUGUUAAAUAACAACAGGUUAACGACGCUGGGCAAAGAGAUGCUGAAUGGCAUGUCGCAUUUGAAGACACUGAAGCUUGUGGACAACGCACUCUCUUGUGAUUGUCAUUUGGCUUGGCUGUCGAGACACUUGAAGACGUACCCUCGGUUGGGACAGCAUACGCGUUGUGCAUCACCUAUUCAUCUGAAGGAUCGAAACAUCGCUGACUUGGAGGAACACGAAUUCAAGUGUUCCGGGCCGGUUCAGCGGGCGGGAUCAGAGUGCAGCGCGGAGCCACAGUGCCCGCAUCCUUGCAGAUGUGCAGAUGGUAUCGUUGACUGCAGGGAGAAUUCUUUGACGAAGGUGCCCACCCAUCUUCCCGAGGACACCACUGAACUACGUUUGGAGCAGAACAGCAUCACGGAAAUUCCGCCGAAGGCCUUCUCCCCAUACAGAAAACUACACAGAAUCGACCUCAGCAACAAUCAAAUAAAAAAGGUGGCGGCGGAUGCGUUUCACGGUUUGAAAUCGUUAGAAACACUAGUUUUGUAUGGAAACAAAAUCACUGAGCUGCCCAGCGGUUUGUUUCAAGGAUUGAGCAACCUACAUGUGCUGCUGCUGAACGCGAACGAGAUAUCCUGCAUACGGACCGAUCUGUUUCGAGAUCUGACCGGCCUGACUGUGUUGUCGUUGUACGAUAACAACAUCAGAUCCCUGGCCAAUGGAACUUUCGCCAAUCUACGAAGCAUUCAAACGCUACAUUUGGCGGAGAAUCCGUUCAUCUGCGAUUGCAAUCUAAGAUGGCUGAACAUUUACCUUCACGCUCACCCAAUCGAGACAACGACGGCUAAAUGCGAGUUGCCGGAAAGAUUGCAAAGGCGGAAGAUCGAUUCGAUAAGGGACUCCAAGUUCAAAUGUAAGGGCGACGAAGAGCUCUUGACGAAGAGGGCGGGCGAGUGUAUCCUGCCCGGAGAGUGUCCAGCUCCGUGCGUUUGCGACGGUGCAACCGUCGAUUGCUCUAACAAGAAGCUAACAUCGAUACCAAAGGAACUGCCAAUCUACACGUCAACUUUACUGUUGUCCAACAAUGAGCUGGAUAAGAUCAAAGCUGACGGGCUGUUUGAGAAGUUGCCGGAGUUACAGCAUUUGGAUCUGAGGAGGAACAAAAUCACUCGUAUUGAGGCGUCAGCUUUUCAGGGGGCGCAUAAACUUACCAAUCUACUCUUGUCGGAGAACAGGCUGAGGGAAGUUCACAACAAGAUGUUCACCGGCUUGACGAAUCUUAAGACUCUAAACCUUCAUGGAAACGCCAUAACCUGCAUCAUGCAGGGCGCCUUCGACGGAUUGAGUCACCUACGCAUCAUCAACAUGCAAGGCAAUCCUUUGUCGUGUAAUUGUCAUCUCGCGUGGUUCGCCGGAUGGCUGAGGAAACGCGACAUGUCUGAGGUCGUAGGACACUGUCAUGACCCGCCAAGAUUGAAGGAUGCGACCAUCAAGGAUAUUCCUCAUCACGAAUUUAAAUGCAACAACGACAGCGUGGGCUGCUUGGGAGACGAUUACUGUCCACCCCAAUGUAAUUGCGCCGGGUCAGUGGUGAGGUGUUCGAGGUCUCAGCUUACGGAGAUUCCACGUGGGAUACCACCGGAAACCACCGAGUUGUAUUUGGACGUGAACAACAUCAAGACGAUCCAGCCAGAGAGACUGAACCACCUGAGGAUUCUCACUAAACUGGACCUCAGCAACAAUCAGAUAGGAAUGUUAUCGAAUGACACCUUUAGGAACCUCACCAAAUUAUCUCACCUAAUUAUCAGCUACAAUAAGUUGCAGUGCGUCCAACGGAACGCCCUGGCCGGCUUGAAAUCACUGAGAAUAAUGUCUCUGCACGGCAACGACAUAUCGGUGAUCCCCGAGGGCGCGUUCGAGGAUCUUAAAUCUAUGACUCACCUCGCUCUUGGGUCCAACCCGCUCUACUGUGACUGUAGCAUGCGAUGGUUGGCCGAAUGGGUGAAAAAGGACUUCCUGGAAGCCGGUAUAGCCAGAUGUAUGGAACCUCCGGCGAUGAGGGACAAGCUGCUCUUGACGACACCUGCCGUUGCGUUCCAAUGCAAAACCAACCAACAGCCAGCCGAAGUCUUGGCCAAGUGCGACCUGUGCUACACCUCGCCGUGCCAAAACGGAGGAUUUUGCGAGACGCUCCCGGACCGGCAGUUCCGUUGCAAGUGCGCGCCAGGAUAUCAUGGGGACCGGUGUGAACAUAAAAUUGACGCGUGCUUUGGAAAUCCUUGCCGGAACUCCGGAACAUGCAAAGUACUGGAGGAAGGAAGAUUCAGUUGCGACUGCGCCCCCGGGUACAAGGGACUUCGAUGCGAGAACAACGUCGACGAUUGCGAGAAUAACAAAUGCGCCAAUAACGCAACCUGCGUCGACCUCAUACAAGCCUACAGAUGCGACUGCGCCCCAGGAUUCAUGGGCGAAUAUUGCGACGAGAAGAUACCCUUUUGUACAAAGGGGCACGACCCCUGCGAGAAUGGGGGUCGAUGCGUCGAUCACGAGACCCACUAUAGCUGCGAAUGCCCAAUCGGCUUCUCCGGCCUUAAUUGUUCCACCAACUUGGAUGACUGCGUUGAUCAUAUGUGUCAGAACGGUGCUACUUGCAUCGACGGCAUAAACGAUUACGAGUGUAAGUGCGCGGCGGAAUAUACAGGGAGAUAUUGCGAGGCAGCACCUUCGACAGCCAUGCUUUACCCACAGACUAGUCCAUGUGCACACCAUGACUGUCAGCAUGGUGCGUGCUUCCAACCAGCUCCCGCUUCCGCCGCGGACUAUCUUUGCCAGUGCCACCCCGGCUACACCGGAAAACGAUGCGAGUACCUGACGAGUUUGAGCUUCGUGGACAACAGCUCGCUGGUCGAGCUGGAGCCACUACGCACGAGACCGGAAGCGAACGUGACCAUCGUGUUCACGACCACGCAGGAGAACGGGGUUCUCCUCUACGACGGUCAGAACGGCGGCCAUAUAGCUGUCGAGUUGUUCAAUGGCCGUGUCCGAGUCUCAUACGAUGUGGGUAAUUACCCAACCUCGACGAUGUACAGUUACGAGAUGGUAGCCGAUGGUAAGCCUCACGUGGCAGAGCUUCUGGCGAUCAAGAAGAACUUCACGAUGAAGGUCGACCGUGGUCCUGCUAGGAGCAUCAUCAAUGAAGGUCCUAAGGAGUACCUUAAGCUUGCGACCCCUAUGUAUAUCGGCGGCGUCGCGCCGGAAAUAGCUAAUACCGCGUUUAUGGAGUUUCACCUGAGGAACAUCACCAGUUUUCAAGGAUGCAUCUCAGAAAUGUGGAUCAAUCACAAGUUGGUGGACUUCAGCAACGCGGCAAAAAUGCAUCGGGUGUCUCCCGGUUGCAUGUCGAACGAAGAAGAGGCUGAUGAAGCGCGGGACGUCGUCGAAGCUGAGGGGAUGAUGGUUAAUAUGGGCAGCAACGAAGAUUCCAUGACACAGGAGAACAUGGCUCAUGAACAUUCCGACAUUGUGAUGACAGGCCCAGACACGAUAAUGUUCGAUCCUUGCACGGGACACGAGUGUAGAAAAGGUUCGCAAUGCGUGCCAUCGCCGGUUGGAAACGGAUACACGUGUCGGUGUCAGACUGGAUGGCAGGGACGGUACUGCGAAAAAGCACCGACUUGUCGUAAAGAGCAUACUAGAGAGUAUUACAGCGAGAACGGAUGUCGGAGUCGACGACCAGUUAAGCUUGCCAAGUGUUGGGGUAGUUGUGGAAACUCGUGCUGCCUGCCACGGAAGACAAAACGGCGCAAGGUACGACUAAUCUGCGCGGACGGUAUGCGGUACACGAAGGACGUCGAUUUGGUGCGCAAGUGCACAUGCACCAGGAAGUGUUACUAGCCAGGAUCGAGGGACGCCGAGCGCCACAGGUGUUCCAUAAAUAAGCGUCGAGACGUAUCGAGACCGAGAGGAAACCCCGGAGAAUCGAGACAGUGUCCCAAUUCGAACUUUCCACGCUCGCGGACACGGGCGAUGUGGCGAGAGUCGAUUGGUUAUCCGUACAAGCGUGUUCUCGACUCAUCCUCGUGGAGCGCGUGACAAACAAGAUUUUUGGCCCAGGACUAUCUGCCGUUUAAAAAACAAAACACAAAAAAAAUAAAUGCGAAAAAAAAAACUUGAUCAAGGCCGAAAUCUACGAUGGACAUGAAUGAUACACACAAGCCGGCUCAGUGUGAUAAAUGUAUAAUCGAACGAGCAGAAAGAAGUAUAUUAACUAUUAAUAAUCGUGCGUACGUGGACUAUCGAUUACGAAGAACAAUUCAAUGCAUAACUAGGUAUUAUAUUAAUCGACGUGCAUAUGUUCAACGAGUUACGAGAGUGGAGAACGGUGCGAGAACAUGGGACCGCUGAUCGCGCAUUAAAUGUGUACACAAGAUGUGUUCGAAGAUAGCAGAAUCGUUCGCUCAGUGUGAAAUAGAUCUAAUAGAUGAUGAUCAAGUAUUUCAUUGUAAAUUCAUGUUUCAUAUUGUUGCGAUCUUUCAGAAAUUUCUUUUUCGUUCGAUGCGCUCGAGUGUUAAGGUCGAUGACAUUUAUCUGUGAAUUUGCAAGGAUGUGGAGUCGACAAUUUUAGGAUUUGAUUAUUAUUGGGAAGUUGUACGAUUGGU